GGCAUACAGUUCAACCUUUGAUUCUCUCAUGAAAACGAUAAUGAAACCAUUGCUACUGAUAUGUUUCUUAGUCCUCGCUGUAACAGCGGAGGAGAAGAAGGAUGCAGAUAAAAAGCAGACCAAACGUGGAUUAUUAUCCUUGGGAUACGGAUAUGGUGGAGACUUUGACAACGGAUACUCUCUUGGACAAGGCGGACAUGGACUCGAUGGUGGAUACACCAUUGGGGGAGAAUCUUCUUUGGGAUACGGACACUACGGACCAAUCGAUUUGGGACACAGCACUGCUGUUGAAAAGACCAUCACCGUCUUGAAGGGAAUCCCCUACCCAGUCGAAAAACACAUCCCAUACCCAGUAACGAAACAUGUACCAUACCCAGUUAAGGUAGCCGUUCCCCAACCCUACCCAGUUGAGAAACCAGUACCAUACCCAGUCAAAGUGCACGUUAAAGUACCAUACCCAGUACCACAACCCUACCCAGUUGAAAAGAUCGUCCAUGUGCCCGUUAAAGUACAUGUAGACAGGCCAUACCCAGUCAAGGUAUUGGUACCACAACCUUACCCAGUCGAAAAACACAUCCCAUACCCAGUCAAAGUACCAGUACCAGCUCCUUACCCAGUUGAAAAACAAGUACCAUACCCCGUUAAAGUACCAGUCCAUGUACCAGCACCUUACCCAGUAUACAAGAAUAUCCCAUACCCAGUAAAAGUACCAGUAGACAGGCCAUACCCAGUUCAUGUGCCUCAACCAUACCCAGUUCAUGUCGUCAAACAUGUAGGAUACCCAGUCGAGAAACCAGUACCAUACCCAGUUAAAGUACCAGUAGACAGACCUGUACCUUACCCAGUAGAAAAACCAGUAGCUUACCCAGUUAAAGUACCAGUACCAGCCCCAUACCCUGUCGAGAAACCAGUCCCGUACCCAGUUGAGAGACCAGUACCAUACCCAGUUAAGGUGGCAGUCGACAGACCAUACCCCGUCGAAGUAGAAAAACACGUACCAUACCCAGUCGAAAAACCAGUUGCCUACCCAGUUAAGGUACCAGUCUACGUGCCUUACGAAAAAUCCUAUGGACACCAGCACCAACAAUGGGAAUAAACCCACACUGUGUGUUUCAUUAUCUAUAAUUAUUUAUGACUAGCUAAUAUGAAGUGAAUAAACGCUGUUAUUUUUUCUAUAA